CGGCAACUGGGCCCCGCCCCUGACAUACGCGAAAGACCAGAGACAGCCAAUUGCUAUUCGGAUUGACAUCACUUGUGUGUAAUCUUGUUAUUGCCCUGUUCCAGUAUGGCGGCUCUUCCGGAGACAGCCAGACGACUGGGGCGGGUCAAACAGUGAAGGCUACCGGAGCCCAGAGGUACGGGGCAAGGGCCAGGCCCGGAGUGGAUUAAUACGUGUGAAGGGGACGGAAGCCGUGUAGGACCGGCCUUGUCUCUGUAGACUUAUGAUGCGGUGGUGUUAGAGGGAAAGGGAGCCCCCCGGACGAAUUUAAGGAUGAUCCCAAAGGAGCCUUGUCUUGAUGAAAAGAAUAAAAAAGAGGAUGUAGCCAGAUGCAUUUUAAAGGCCAGUCUUUCCAUAUGGGGAUGGGGGAGUCUUGGCGUUGUGCUGUUCCUGAUCAAGUUUGGACCUUUUGCUAUAUUCUACUUUGCCUUUUACAUACUAUGCUUUGUUGGAGGGGGUUUUGUGGUGACUAUCCUUUUUGGCAAAACCAGUUCAGAACGAUACUUAGAAAGGUGUGAGCACUCAUUUCUACCAUCAACAUCUACUGGCAUUCCUAAGUGUUUGGAAGAAAUGAAACGUGAACCUAGAACCAUUAAGAUUGACAGAAGAAUAACAGGUGCUAGUAUGAUUGAUGAGCCCCUGCAACAGGUUAUACAGUUUUCAUUGAGGGAUUAUGUCCAGUACUGGUAUUACACACUAAGUGAGGAUGAAUCGUUUCUCCUUGAAAUCAGGCAAACUGUCCAAAAUGCGCUUGUACAGUUUUCUACUAGGUCAAAAGAAAUUGACUGGCAGCCUUAUUUUACCACCCGUUUAGUGGAUGACUUUGCCACUCAUCUUAGAGUGUUCAGAAAAGCGCAACAAAAAAUGGCAGAAAAGGAGGAUCAAAUGAAAGGUACAGAUAAAGCUGAAGCUUUUAUAGAUACUUUUUUUGAGGUUGAAGUUGACAUGCAAAAAUGUGUCUGCCGUGACCUUGUCUGCACUUCAUCCAAAGACGAGGAAGGGUGCCUAAAGGAUUUAUGUGAAGUUUUACUGUAUUUAUUGCUACCUCCUGGAGACUUCCAGAAUAAAAUCAUGCGAUAUAUUGUGAGGGAAAUCCUUUCACGAGGAAUUCUUCUUCCUUUAAUAAACCAGCUCAGUGAUCCUGAUUAUAUUAAUCAAUAUAUCAUUUGGAUGAUUCAUGAUUUCAGUUGCAACUAUGAGGCCUUUAUGAAUGUUAUUAAAUUAAGUGACAAUAUAGGAGAAUUGGAAGCUGUGAGAGACAAAGCUACAGAAGAACUGCAGUAUCUUCGUUCUUUGGAUACUGUUGGAGAUGAUAUCAACACUAUAAAAAAUCAGAUAAACAGCUUACUCUUUGUAAAGAAAGUUUGUGAAACAAGAAAACAGAGAUUGCAGUCGGGAAAAGAAAUUGACACUGUGAAGUUGGCUGCAAACUUUGGAAAACUUUGCACAGUCCCCUUGGACAGAAUUCUUAUAGACAACGUUGCACUACAGUUUUUUAUGGAUUUUAUGCAGCAGACCGGAGGGCAAUCACAUCUCUUCUUCUGGCUGACGGUUGAAGGAUACCGGGUCACAGCGCAGCAGCAACUUGAAGUUCUGCACAGCCGACAAAGGGAUGGAAAGCAUCAAGCCAACCAAACAAAAGGCUUGCUAAGAGCUGCAGCAGUUGGAGUGUAUGAACAGUAUUUAUCUGAGCAGGCAUCACCUAGAGUCCACGUUGAUGACUACUUAUUAGCAAAGCUUGAAGAGACCUUGAGCAGCGAGAACCCAACACCUGAGAUUUUUGAUGACAUACAGAGAAAGGUUUACGACAUGAUGCUGCGCAAUGAAAGAUUUUACCCAUCGUUCCGGCAGAACACUCUCUAUAUCCGAAUGCUGGCAGAGCUCGACAUGUUAAAGGAGCCAAGUUUUAAAGGGUCAGAUGAUGGAGAUGGAGAAUCUUUCAACGGGUCGCCUAAUGGCAGUAUACAUUCGUCUCUAGAUGACCUGACCAGCUCAGAUGAGCUAUUGCAGAUCAAUGCUUUUAUUUCUGACACUGGAGUGUGUAAUGAACAUGGCAAAACCUAUGCACUGUACACCAUCACUGUCCAGCGAAGAAGCUUAGAAGCCGUUGAAGACAUGUGGAAAACAUAUCGCCGUUACAGUGACUUUCACGACUUCCACAUGCGAAUCACGGAACAGUUUGAGAACCUCGCAAGCCUUUUGAAGCUGCCUGGGAAGAAGACGUUUAACAAUAUGGAUAAAGAAUUUCUAGAAAAACGGAGAAACGAUUUAAAUGCGUAUUUACAGCUGCUACUGAAUCCAGAGAUAGUGAAAGCGUGCCCUGCACUUGUUCAUUAUGUAUUUGACUUUCUUGAGAACAAAGCCUAUAGUAAGGGGAAAAGAGACUUUGCAAGGAAGAUGGAUACAUUUGUCAAUCCUCUGAGGAACUCAAUGAGGAACGUCUCCAAUGCGGUUAAGUCAAUUCCUGAUAGUUUCGCUGAAGGAAUGAAUAAAAUGUCCGAUAACAUGGGGAAAAUGUCAGAAAAAAUUGGACAAGAUAUAAAACACUCCUUCUUUAAGGCUCCAAUUCUUGUACCAAAAACGGAUGCAUUUCCAGAACACUACAGAGUAUCGGCACAACUGGACGACAAUGUGGAUGACAAUAUUCCGUUACGAGUGAUGCUUCUUCUAAUGGAUGAAGUUUUUGACUUGAAAGAAAGGAAUCAGUGGUUAAGAAGACAAAUUACAAGCCUUCUCCAGCAGCUCAUAAGAGCAACCUAUGGAGACACCAUUAAUAGAAAAAUUGUUGAUCAUGUGCAGUAUAUGACCUCCCCAGACCAAGUAGCAGAUUAUGUGAAACAGUUCAGAGAAUCAUUUUGGCCCAAUGGAAUAUUGGCGGAAUCAGUUCUACUCAGAGACCGAAGUAUUCGAAUGAGAACUAGAGUGGCAGCAAAGACCAAGCUGUUGGAAAUAAUGCCAGAUGAACUGAAGCAUAUCAUUGGUGCUGAAACAACUCGGAAAGGCAUCCUGCGGGUGUUUGAAAUGUUUCAGUACAACCAGCUGAACAGGAGACUUGUGUACGUUUUUUUAGAGGGCUUCCUGGAAACCUUAUUUCCACAGUAUAAGUUCCGUGAGCUUUUCUAUAAACUCCAUUCUCGAUCAGAGCGCAUGCAAAAAUAUAGACAGAGACCACAGCCUUCUCAAACGCCUUCUUUGCAGAAAAGGUGACACUACAGUUUGCCCAGAGGUGCCCUAAGAAACUCUUCAUUGUUUGAUCCAGGCAUUCCUGACUGUAGCUUGGGUAUGAUUGCCGGGGCUUCAAUACACCUACUUAGGUUUCUGCUCCAAUCAUAUAUUGUCAUAUACAGUA